AUGAAUCUCGGUGUCGGAGAUUUUGAGAAGGGAUCUGCUGUUGACUCUCACCUAGAGGCCGACGACCACGCUACAGGUCACGGCCACCAUCACCCGGACUGGGUCGACGACUCCCACGCCCAGCUCGCCUUCUUCCAUCGUUUCAAUAGAUGGAUGGAGAAGAUGGGAGGUGAGACUCGCGGUAUCGAGCGGGUACCAGAAGAUGAACGCUUUGACGACUCCUACUGGAACUCAGCUUCAAUGUGGCUGGGAGGUAACCUAGUCAUUGCCGCUUUCAGUUUAGGUGGUAUUGGCAUCACUGCCUUCGGCCUUGUCUUCUGGGACUCUGUUCUUGUUAUCAUUUUUUUUUCCUUACUCGGAGGUCUACUCGUUGCCUACCUGUCAACCUUUGGCCCACCCACUGGUAUGCGCCAGAUGGUUUUAAGUCGUUACUGGUUUGGCUUCCAAGGUGUGCGUAUUGCUGCAUUGAUCAACUGUAUCGCAGCUGUCGGUUGGGGUGCCGUUAACACCAUGGCGUCUGCAAACGUGUUACACCAGAUCAACAACGGUGCUCUACCUAAUUUUGCAGGUAUUCUGAUCAUUGCUUUAGCAUCUCUCGCUAUCUCGCUUUUCGGCUAUAAAGUCGUGCACUACUACGAGAAGAUAGCGUGGAUCCCCAACUUUGCCGUCUUCCUGGUCAUUGCGUCUCGCAUGGGUAUGUCGGGUAAGUUCACAUUCGGUCAUAUGGGCAGUGGAUCAGUUGAAGCUGCAAACUGUUUGUCAUUUGGUACUGCUAUUUUCGGGUUCGCUGCUGGCUGGUCUCCUUAUGCUUCUGACUACACUGCCUAUAAGCCCGCUGACACUAACCGUUUCAAGUGUUUCUUGUGGGUUUUUAUCGGUGAGGCUACUCCCGUAAUGUUUGCUUGUAUUCUUGGUGCUGCCGUAUCUACUGGUACUAUUAGCGACCCGCACUGGGCUGCAGUUUCCAAUGCCGACAGCACCGGUGGUUUGUUGCGUUUGGUUUUAGUCGACAACUCGUUGCACGGAUUUGGCGAGUUCUGCAUGGUGGUUUUAUCCUUAUCCACAAUCGCCAACAACAUUCCCAACCUUUACACGUUUGCUUUGUCCGCUCAGUCCAUCUGUUCAUGGUUCCGGUAUAUCCCUCACUAUAUCUGGGUGAUUGUCUGCACCGGUAUCUCUAUUGCCAUUGCUAUUCCUGGUAUCACCUCAUUCGAGUCGUUCCUUGGUGAUUUCAUGAAUAUCAUUGGUUACUGGGUUGCCUUCUAUGGCGGUAUUGGUAUUGCAGAGCACUUCAUUUACCGUCGUGGCAUGAAGGGCUACAACCUCAAGGUAUACAACGACCCAAAGAAGAUAGGUGUCGGUUACUCUGCGGUGUUUGCUGGUGGCUGUGGUAUCAUGGGUGCUGUUCUAGGAAUGGCCCAGCCAUGGUAUGUUGGUGAAAUUUCAAGGCACAUCGGUGACCCUAAAUACGGCGGCGAUAUCGGUUUUAUCCUUGCGUUCUCUUUUGCCUUUACUGCGUUGGCUUUGACUCGUUGGAUUGAAAUCAAGUACGAUGGAGGCUGGUCGUAUCCUUCCUUACAUCCUCCAGAGGAAGAGGACAUUGCACACUCUGAGCACAAUAUCGGCAAAGCUGCCCGCAUCGGAUUUGACUCUGCGUCGGGCGAUGACUCUGUCUCUGUGGUUUGA